AUGUCCCGCGCCGUCGAUAAACUUCCCGCUCCCGCGGAAGAGCGUCCUAUGAAGGUCAUUGGCCUGGGUCCGAGCCGAACGGGAACGCUCGGAUUGUGGCAAGCGUUGAAAACCCUUGGCUACAAGCCAUUUCAUAUCUCUGAGCUGUUGCCCUAUGGCUUCCAGCAGAUGAGGGCUCUGCAAGAGGCCAUCAUUGCCAAUGACACAGAAAAGCCCUUCAGCAAGGCCGAGUUUGACAAGUUGUUCGCCGGCUACGAUUGCAUCGUUGAGAGUCCGUGCUACUUGUGCCCGAAUAUCAUCAAGGCAUACCUAGAAGAUCCCGAUGUCAAGUUCAUCCUGACUGAGCGCACGCCCGAGUCAUGGGCGAAAUCGAUCUCUGGGUCCCUCGGCGCAUACCACGCAAAGCUCGCACAACCACCUUUGUCGGUGGUUAGAUACUUCGACAGCUUUGUGUGGGAGCUCAGAGCACUUUUCCAAGCCAUGACCUACCGCUGGUCUGGAGGACUUGAGCCUAGUCAGCCGGGCUUCGACGAAGCGCUUGCCAAGAGCUACACUGAAUACAUGAAAAAUGUGAAGGCUAUCAUCCCGCCUGAGAGGCUUCUGGUAUUGAACCUUGAGAAGGGGUUCGGAUGGGAGGAGAUUUGCGGUUUCCUGGGUCACAAGGUCCCGGAAGAAGCGUACCCUCGCAUCAAUGCUAUGGCAGACUUCCACGUCGCAGCGGAAAUGGUUCUUGCACCAGCUGUGAAGAAGACUCUGCGUAUUCUGACCUCAUCCGCCAUUGCUAUCGCCGGUGUUGGCUUCUGGUAUUGGCAGCGAAGAAGGUGA